AUGGCACUAACGUCAUCAUUUUCAUCGAUUCAUUCUCUCUCGCUCGUCAAGUUAAACCAACAUUCAACAAUAAGAAGACCUAAUGCGCUUCCCAUGGUAACUUGCAACAGCCUCCUUGAAGAUUCUGUCCUCCUCCAAGCAGCCAAACACACCGUGGAUUCGUAUGUCGAAAAUGGAAUGGUGAUUGGACUGGGGUCUGGCCGUGCUUCUGGUCUGGCCAUACAGUAUUUGGGGCGGCAGCUUCGGUCCGGUCUGAUUAAAGAUAUUGUUGGCAUUCCUACAUCUGUUGGUAGUGCAAGUGAAGCUGCAAAGGUCGGAAUCCCAUUGGAUCAAUAUGGAGACAGCUCUAAAAUUGAUUUAGCAUUCAAUGAUGCUGACGUUAUAGAAGAAGAAACACUUGCAGCAGUCAUUGGGCGUCAGACAAUGCAGGGUGGCGAGUCAUUAAUUCAAGAAAAGACUGUUCUUAAGGCAGCUGGGAAGCUUGUAUUCAUUGUCACAGGAAAACAGUAUCAAGGAGCUGUAGAUGGAUCGAUACCAGUUCUAAUCAGAUCCAUCAAUUGGUUGGAAACUGCUGAAGAAAUUGAUGACCUGUUCCUUGGUGAUGCUGAGGUUUGGAGGAGACCAUCUGUAGGGUAUGCAGGUCCAUUAGGGGGUGAUUUCCCUCUAGUCACUAAAGAAGGGCAUAAUGUUCUCGAUGUAAUUUUUACAUCUCCAAUAAUAAGCCUUGCUGAAGUAGCUGAUAGUUUGGAUCAAGUUGAUGGUGUCGUAGAGCACGGGGUUAUUUCCAGGAUCCCGUGCACUGCAGUAAUUGCCACAGAAGAUAGGCUGCGGAUUGUUGAUAAUACACUAAAGAUCGAUGGGAGCAGAGUUUAA